UCUUCCCUAUUCGAUAAGGACUAAAAUCCCAUCAAAGAUAAAAACCGUAUUACAUAACAUUAUGACAACUGUUUAUCUAAUUUGAUUUUUCUUAUCCGUUGUAGACACCUACUUUCAGUACUAAAGUCAGUACGCAAAAUAAUCAAUUCGCAAGAAUUUACGUAAACAAUUUAUUUUUAAGCCGCUGCCGCGAGCUGUACUGUCGAAAUGUUCCCUCCGACACGUAUUAGGAGUUGUCUUCCUGUUAUAAAUCCGUUAUUUAGACAGAAAUUGCGCCCACAUAGACCUUUUCGCCAGACUGCUACGCUCCACAAUCAAAGCCAAACAAAGACACUACAACGAAAUAAAUGGAUGAGUUUUAGAUCUAUAAUUACUCGAUGGGUGCCGUUAGGAAGUGCUAUUUACGUCGGAUGGUGUUAUAUUCGUGCAAGCAUUAACUAUGAAGUCUCAAAAGUGGAAAUUUUAUUCUACGAAAUGUUCCCCUUCCGUGUUACAAGUCGUAUUUGGGGAAAAAUCGCUGCCUGUGAGCUUCCUACAUCGCUACGAAGCUUUGUGUACGGUACGUACAUUAAAAUGUUUAAUGUUAACUUGAAUGAAGCUGAGUAUACUGAUCUUAAGUAUUAUAAAAGUCUGUCAGCGUUUUUUACUCGACCGUUAAAAGAAGGUGCGAGAUAUAUUUCGCCGUCUCCUUGUGUCUCUCCCGCUGAUGGCGUGGUUUUAAACUGUGGGCCUGCAGACACAGACAAGAUUGAGCAAGUCAAAGGAGUUACAUAUAGCCUAGAAGAGUUUCUCGGUGAAAAUAAAUGGGCAAAGAGAAAAGAGGACUCAUAUUACGACUCUUUACUGACAAACAAAGACAAUAUACUCCAUCAAUGUAUUAUUUAUCUCGCCCCUGGAGAUUAUCAUAGAUUCCACUCACCGUGUGACUGGACUGCCACUUUCAGAAGACACUUUUCAGGCAAACUCUUGUCGGUAAACCCAUGGUUAGCGAGACUGAUACCCGGUUUGUUUGCGAUCAAUGAACGAGCGGUCUAUGUUGGCGAAUGGAAACAUGGCUUCUUCAGUAUGACUGCUGUUGGAGCAACAAACGUUGGUUCCAUAGAAAUUUAUAACGAUCCCGAAUUACGAACGAAUACUAAAGGACGAAGGAAUCGGAUAAACGAAUUAGAAUUGGGAGCGGUUUCAAUGAAGAAAGGUGAGCUAUUCGGUCAAUUCAACAUGGGGAGUACGAUUAUUUUACUAUUUGAGGCUCCGAAAGACUUUAAAUUUGACAUGGCAUCCGGUGACAAGGUGCUCGUAGGGCAAGCGUUGACCGCAGCUGCAAAAGAGGUGUCUAGAUGACCUGUCUACGACGAUUUUGUUUGCGUAGCCCAAGUUAUCAUGUUUUUUUACGUUAUGUUAAUUUUUAUGUGAAUUCGUUGAUUGUUUUUGGCUUUUGACCACCGUAGUGUGACCGUUGCUAUGGUUACGUUAUUUGUGUAUAUAGAGUUGAUUGGUCUUCCA